AUGCCGUGUAAACUCCGGUUGUUGCACCUCGCACUGUUCACUAUCCGCAUGUCUAUGCCUUCAUACAAGUACAACACAUCUGGCAACACUGCCUCCACAGAUCUUUUCGAUGGACUUUAUCCUUCAUACUCAAGUCCGUCCAAUGUCGACUGCAUUGACUUUGGUGUUAAACUCUGCUCGGACUCUUGGGCGGUGAUGACUAGAUUAAGCUCAAAGUCACGGCGCAGGGCAAGCAACGCCUCAGUGAAAAUUAGUCCCCAUUCUCUUCCUACUCCGGUCAACAAAAAGCCGGUCAGACCCAAUCCUUCUAAGCAACCAACGUUAUCAGAUUACUGUAUCUCUGGUCUUCAACCUAUCCUUCUCCUUUCGCAAUAUCCUGAAUCGACGUCGAAUACUGAACCACGCAACUGCAGAGGCUUGACCAAGUAA